GCGCCGUCCAAUCCCGUGCCAGAAAAACACGGCUCGUAAUUUUGAACAGACGGAGAGCAGCCAGGCAGAGCUGUGUAUCAUCAAUGCUGCCAUUCAUUAUAUGGUAGCAAAACAUCGGUUAAAUCCUUCCCUGAGUAAUGGAUAGUUGUAUCUCUUGUCAUAUCGGAUGAAGGCAAACGUUUUGUGUGAUAAAUAUGAGUUCUCAUGUUAUCACCCCUGGACCGUACCGGGCCACAAAACUGUGGAAUGAGAUGACUCGUUUGUUUCGGGCUGGUAUGCCCGUCAAGAAACACCGCCAGAACUUCCGGCACCACGCCGCCUGCUUCACCGCCUCUGCCGCUGUGGAUUGGAUGCACCAGCUGCUCCGUAGCAACAACAAUUUUGGCCCUGACGUCACCAGGCAGCAGACGGUGCAGCUCCUGAAGAAGUUUCUGAAGAACCACGUAAUCGAAGAUGUGAAGGGUCGCUGGGGCACAGAGGAUUUGGAGGACAACAACACUCUGUACAGAUUCCCCUCCACUUCUCCUCUGAAGCCCAUUCCCUGUCCGGCCUCGGCCCCUGGCUCUAUUAAGAAAAGGCCUUCAUUCAGGGACAAGGAGAGUUUCUUCAGGUUUAGGAGUAUCAAGAAGCAGCUUGAGAACGAGACACAGGAAAAUGUAGAUCCUGCCCUCCAAGCAGGGGGAGAGAACGAGCCAAUAGGAGAGCAGCAGGUGCCGAGACGAGAGCUGACGGUGGAUGAUGAACAGGAGAUCUGGAGAGACAUCACCCUGACCCACCUGCAGAGGAUUCUGGGCGUUGGAUCUCUUGAUGAGGUUUUAGACCAACGUUAUGUUAACCCACAGAACAUCAUCCAUAAUAUGACCAAAGUCAACAAGCAUGGAGUGGUCACACUGGACGACAAGACCAAUGACCUUCCACACUGGGUUUUGUCUGCCAUGAAGAGCCUGGCCAACUGGCCGAAGUACGACAGCGCACAGCCGUCCUAUCCCGGCUUUGAGAGAGACGUCUUCAAAACGGUGUCUGAUUACUUCUACAGCCUUCCGCAGCCAGUACUCACAUACGAACUGUAUGAACUAUUUAUCAACGUCCUGGUGUUUUGCGGGUACGUUGCAGCGCCCGCAAAACCACAGCGCGGGAAGCGCAAGAAGCCGGACCUCCCCUCAGUCCCGCCUCCAGCCAAGACUUCUUUCCGCUCCACAGAAUGUCUCCUCCUGUCGCUGCUCAGACGGGGGACGUGUGACGAGACGGAGUCGCCGAUGAGAGAGGUGAUUGGUGGGACGCUUCAGUCGCGGCUGGCGGCGCCGGAAGGAGGCGGCGCCGGCGCGGGUGACGUUCGGUUAGGUGGCAGCUGCAUGAGUCUGAAUACAGUUGGUUCUACGAGGCCUCGAACCAGGAGCUGCUCACUGGAAACCAUCCUAGAUGACUCUGCCCCGCUCACCAGGCAACAGCUGUUCCUGUCCAAUGACAGCCUGGCAUCCUGCGCCUAUAGCAACAGGCGCCAGGAUGACAUCCCUGUCGUCACAACACCCCACAGUCAUACCGACUCUAAAUCUGUAUCCAAAGCAACCCCCUUAACUUGUGAAAAGGCUCCAGGAGGUACAACCACAAGGUACAGCCGCUCCUUGCGGCCGCGCAGCGUAGGUAGCUGUCUGGACAUUGUCAUAGAAACCAGGGAGGAAGAUGACAAGGAGACCAGGUGGCAGGGCCGAGCAGCCAGCUGCCUCAACGUGAACACUGCAGACCAGCAUCACUCCUCCUCCGCUCCACGUCCUCCCUCGUUGCCCUCCUGUCAUCCCUCCUUUUCCUCCUAUCAUCCUUUCUCCCCCUUCUCUUCAUGUGCUUUGGCCAAAGUACAAGGGCCCCAUGCUACUACAGGACCUAGUGGGCCCAGACCCGCCUCCAGUACCUCUAAUCUUUGGUCGCUCCCUGCGCCUGCUGUUGCCCGGCGCUGCCUCAGCUCUCUGGAUGUGUCGAAGCCUGUUUCACUGUUCAGUCCGCCUGUCCGCGUGCCCACCAGCAUCUCCCAGCCCCCCCAACCCAAACCUGAGCACAGCCUUCUCCAGCCUCAGUGUGAGCGUGUGGCCAUUGAGGCCCUGCAGCUUUGCACCCUCCUCCUCCCCCCCAGCUGCCGCAGGAAGUUGCAGCUCCUUAUGAGGAUGAUGUCGCGCAUCAGCCAGAACGUGGACAUGCCCCGCCUCCACCCCGCCAUCGGCACACGGACACUGAUGGUUCACACGUUUUCAGGCUGUGUCCUGGGCAGCGCCGAGGAGUGUGAUUUGGACGAGCUGUUAGCUACCAGACUGGUGUCAUUUCUAAUGGACCAUCAACACAGCAUCCUCUCGGUCCCAGAGUACCUUCUCAGUGCUAUCAAUGACCAUAUACAGUACCUGCGCACUGUACAGGUCCCCAUCGAUGGGGUUUCCAAAGUCGAUGGCGGCAAUCCAGUUUGCCUUCCAAUGCCCAUGUACGCGUUCUGCCGUCAAAUUAGCGGCGCUGAGUUUGAACAGCAAAAGCUGGCCUCUUCCCAGAAGGCCAUGGAGGAGUUGCUGGAGAUGCUGCUGACCGACCAAAACAUGAGUGAGAAGGACAGACGCAAGAAACUGAAGCAGUUUCAGAAGCAGUACCCAGACAUCUACAGUCGUCGGCUCCCCUCCUCGGACGGGACUAACAACAAACCAAAGAUUAAACCUCCACUUCUCAACAUCAAGAAGACCAAAGCGUUCAGCAUCAGGAACUAAAACCAACCAUACAGGUUGUCACCAUUAUAGAAGCUGCAGUCAUUUUUUUUCGCUGCACUGUAACUGCACUGAUACUUAGAGAUCUCGAGAAUUCACUCCUUAUUGCAGCCGUUAACUCUUUCUUGUUACAUUGUUAGUUAUUCCCGCCGUGUCUCAUGUACUGUAUGUAGUAAUGGGAGAGUUAAUGCAGACUGGAAGACUUCUACAAUGGUGUGUGUGUGUGUGUGUGUGUGUGUGUGUGUGUGUGUGUGUGUGUGUGUGUGUGUGUGUGUGUGUGUGUGUGUGUGACAGCUGAGUAAGAUGAAGGCAAGUCGACAGUUCAGUUCACAUUUGAUUACUGUGUUAAAAUAUAAUAUGGUUUUAUUAAGCAGGUUUUUUUUGGUAAAAUGUUUUUGAGUAACAUCUGUGUUAAUUUGGAACAGUCACAUUUUCUCUCUACCCAUUUUCUUUCCCCCGCGUGUGUGUGUGUGUGUGUGUUUUGGGAGAAAUAAUUCUACUCAAUUCUAUGAUCACUGGUCCAUAUGGGAAUAUUUAGAUUAUAGAUUUCUUAAUUUAUAUGAAUGAUGACAUUGGGAGCAGUGCUUAGAUAUCCUUGCUUGGUUUCUAUUCAUGUUAACUGUUUUUAUAGACUUCACUAAACAUUUUAUAUCAUAGAUUCUCAAGUUUAAUUUAAAAUGAUCUUUAGUCUUUAGAAAUGGAACCUUUUUUUCCAGAAUUUUCAUUCUUGUCCUUUUGGCUCUUUCUUUUCUUCCUUUUGCUUUUUAAAGCGAUUUGUACAGCAAUGUUUAAGGUUUUCUCAUCGGGGAUCUUUUGAUUUUCAGGAUCUCAGCUUUUUCAUAUACAACUCCGUUAUUUUUAAAUGGAGUUGGCCCUUCCCAGUUUCUUUCAUUCCUUGUGUUUGUGUGUCUCAUAUCCAAUCCAUCCCUGUUUAGUUUAUUGGAUAGAGAAAUGUUUUGCACUGGAUUUAGGCAUUGUAAAUGGCCAGCAAGCUUCUGCCAGUCAUCAGAAUAGUUAAUUUAUACACAUUUAAUGUAUAUUUAGACUCCCUAAAGAAGGUUUCCCUAAACACCUGUCAUAAUUGGGGUUAAAGGUUGCUAAUGCUUAUGAAUUUAACUUUGCAUGUUUUCUCAACAGCUGUGCGCAUUGCCUCUAAUGAGAGAAACUGGUGUCAAAAGGCAUCCAUUCAUUUCAGUGAUGGACGCUAUUCAGUAAACAGAAGUGCAAUACAGAACCCAUUUUAUGUUAAGUGUCUGAGGUAACAUGUUUGGCUUAAAAUUUCAAGCUUUUUUUUAAAAUUUAUCUUAUAUGAAGUAUUAGUUCUACCCUGAUAUGUUUGUCUAUACCUCAAAACAAAGUGUGUGCGUGUGUGUGCAUGUGUGUCUCACAUCAGCAGUGUUUUUGGCAAAGAAUUUUACAGAGGAGUGUUAUAUUGUACGCCUACACAGUUGUGCUCUUCCUCUACAGUGUUUACUAUGCAAAGUCCUGGGAAAUAAAUCUGUUUAGCUGUUAAUUUAUA